AUGCAAAAACGUCAUUCAGGCUCCUCCAACACUACGACAGAUCUGACCUCGUUCCCCUCGCUCUCACCACCGGACAAAUCUCCCACCCUCACUCGCGGUUUGACGAAUACAUUAUUCUCUGGUGAAGAUGGAGGGGAAACAACUGGAGACAAGACUGGUCGCGGGCGGAAAGCUACUUUAGCAAAGUUGACGUCUGGGCCGUCGCACACAUCCGGCCGAGCUGCCCUCUUCGCAGAUUCUGUUCCGACAUAUGAUAUUCCGGGUGCCUUGCAUUUAGCCGACGAUGCGCAUAUUGAGCGAUUGGUUGCUGGAACAGGGGCCGUGAAGAUGGUCAGACAGUUUGCACGCGAUCUGGCCCAACGGGAUGCUGAGAUCUCAGUUCUUCGCCAACGCGCUGAUGCAAGAGAGCGAGAGCUGAAGAGAAUGCUUCGAGAAGUGUCUGUUUCCAACCAAGAUAUUGAACUUCGCCUGUAUCAGUUAGAGAAUCCUCCGAGUGAUCGUGCCUCGGAUGCGGAAAGCAACCACAGUAGUGAUCAUGCUGGCCAUGCUUCUUGCGGCCUGAAUGGGUUGAUGUCUCAAGCUAUGGAAGACAGCGUGGGCUCUCGGUCUCAUGAUGCCUCAGCAGAAGCUCAAGCCACAAUUCGCGCUCAGCGAUCAGACAGUGAUGCCCGCGGGAGCGGGGGAAAUGACAACCGGAAAAGCGAAAGCUCGAUCCGGGGCUGGCAAGAAUACCUCUUUGGCUCAGUCAAUACAAGCCGGAAAACAAGUCGCGCUAGUAGUAUUAUGAGUGAAGUAGGUGGAAUGGGAGAAGAAGAGGCUGAGCGCCUCCGAGUGCCCAGCAAUCCUGCAAUGCGACGCAAAGCGCUUGACGAGCAGCUAUUCCAGCCCCCGGGUAGCUCGGUACGCGAUGGACUGGCAAAGCGCAUUGCCAGUACGUCAACGAAUGGUGACGAUGCAAGCAUCCAUUCUCGCAAAUCUGCACGAUCUUUCGGCUCCUGGACUGUCAAGCUGUUUGCUGGCAAUCCUCAGACAAGCAGAGACGCAAGUGAUACCGAGUCCAUCGACAAUAGACCCCGACCCAAAAGGCCAGAUGGAGACAAAAGUACUUCUUCCACGCUAUCUGGGCAUUCUAAGGGUGGAUUAUCGGCGGUGGCUGCAUUGAAAAGGAUCAAUAGCAAUGCCAGCCUGCCUAUCACUGGACGAUCUACUAGUGGACCAAGUGUUCAGGGCAAAAUGAACCCUCCCCCCUCACGGCGGAGUGCAGCUGGCAGCGUAUCUCAAGGUUCAGCCUCAGAAGCUGCAGAGCGAGGGUCGACAAAUCUUGGACCUGUUGAGAUGGAUGCCAUUUUGCCCAUGGAGUCGAAGCCUCCAACGCUCACAACCAUUUAUAAUAAUUCCCAGCCUGGUGAAUUUCUCACGGACAGGUUCGGUUUUAUCUAUGACCAACGCCGAAAGAAGCGCCAGAGAGAAGCCACUAGUACUAAGAGCAGCAUCCACCGUCUGAGUGUUACCGAAACUCUUGGUAGUCUUCGAACUGAUGCUUCGGAUCCUGAGGAUGAUCCCGAAAUAGCUAGACUUCGCGAAGGGACUUCUGAGCGCUCGCGCUCUCUUCCCGACUCACCAAAUGAUCCUGAUAGCGGAGCAGUUGCCAUUCAUCGCUGGCAAGACUACCUGAGAAUACCAUCCCGUCCCACUGAGUUAUUGUCCCACACGCCGUCUGCGGGACCAAUCGUCUCUUUGACUACUGCAGAGGAGAAUCGUCCUCAUAGAUCUUCCGUUUCUGUUGACAAAGAUGGGGCGUUGGCCGUCGGCUCCAGCGCACAACCAUCAGCGACCACGUCGGCCAUUACAGCCGACAGCCCCGAAUUUGCUGGCGUGUCUUCAGACCAACUGAAAGAUACAUUUUCUAAAUUCAGCCACGCCGAGAUGGAGCCGGUCAAACUGUUAUUGGAACAGUUGACUGAGCUCCAUGACACAUUGCAGCGUGAUCGAACCGUGAGAUGGAACGAGUUUCUUCGUAAAGUACGAGCUGAGCGGCGAAAGGAGGGCGAAGCGGCAGCCGCAGCAGCCGCAGCAGCUACCUCCGACCGAUCUUUAGCUGCCUUCCACACACCAGAGGUCUCGCUCGCCGAUGGCGAGGUUGUAGGCAUCGCUGGUCUGGGAAACAAAGGCAAGGUUGGCCGAGCGAAGUGGCGAGAAUUCCGGCUGCUCGUCCUCGGCGGUAUCCCCGUGGUUCUUCGCGCCAAAACUUGGUCGGAAUGCAGCGGGGCGUCGGCAAUGCGAAUUCCUGGGUAUUAUGAUGACCUCGUCCAUGGUGUGGGUGGAUGCAACCCCGACCCUUCGGUCAUAGCACAGAUCGACAUGGAUAUACGCCGCACUCUUACCGAUAAUGUCUUCUUCCGCAAGGGGCCUGGUGUCGGCAAGUUGAAAGAGGUUCUGCUUGCGUACUCGCGCCGUAACCCUGAAGUAGGCUAUUGUCAGGGCAUGAACCUCAUCGCGGGAUCUCUGCUGCUCAUUAUGCCGACUGCCGAGGAUGCAUUUUGGAUUCUGGCCUCGAUGAUCGAAAUCAUUUUGCCUCAGCACUAUUACGACCAUGGUUUGCUGGCCUCCCGGGCCGACCAAGUAGUUUUGCGCCAGUAUAUCUCGGAGCUUCUUCCCAAACUCUCCGCCCACUUAGAGGAACUUGGUAUCGAACUGGAGGCACUCACCUUCCAGUGGUUCCUUUCUGUCUUUACGGACUGUCUUUCUGCAGAGGCGCUCUAUCGGGUAUGGGAUGUCGUCCUUUGUCUUAACGUGACCAGUGCAUUCAAUGCAUCUGGACCAAGUACUUCUGGCACUAAGGAUGGCAACGACAAGAGUACCAAGUCUGCCGGUAAUCUUGCGUCAGGUAGUGGCGGCGGAAGUACAUUCCUCUUCCAAGUUGCUCUUGCACUGCUCAAGCUCAACGAGCAGCAGUUGCUAACGACCUGCUCGACGCCGGCGGCGCUUUACACAUACAUCAACCACCAAAUGACCAAUCACGCCAUUAGUAUUGAUGGUCUGAUCCAAGCCAGUGAAGCACUGCGCAAUGUGGUGCGUCGGGAGGAUGUCGUUGCACGCCGUGCUGUUGCCCUGCAAGAAAUGCGGGAAUUAAGCAGCGGUGCAGGCAUUUAG